AUGGCGCCAAAACAAAAGGCCCAGAAGAUGUCCAUAGGGACCUUCUUGGCCGAUGAGAACUUGGGCUCAUGGGCCGACGAAAUGGAGGAUAUGCCAUUGCCUGCACCUCCCUCCCAGACUAGCUAUGGAGGGGACCGUCGCAUCCCCGGUGCGACGGCAACGGGAUUCAAUGGCUAUCCUGACCGUGGCGGACUUGCGACUAGGGAACCGCUCCCUCUUCCGACUCAGCCCCCCUACACUGCCCACAUUGGGAAUUUGUCAUUUGAUGCAACCCAGAAUGAUAUCUCUGACCUGUUUGCCUCCUGUGGUGUGACAAAUGUGCGUAUUGUGGAGGAUAAGUUAACUAAGACCCCCAAGGGCUUCGGAUAUGUGGAGUUUGCUACCGUUGACGGACUGAAAAAAGCACUAGACCUGUCUGGUGCUACUCUUCAAGGGAGAUCCAUCAGAAUCAGCGUUGCCGAUCCUCCCAAGGACCGCGCGGAUGCCAAAGAAUUCGAUUGGACUCGCAAGGGACCACUUCCAGACUUGGCCCAACGCCGUGUACCUGAACGUUCCACAUUCGGGCGCAAUUUCGAUAAUGUCUCAGAAGCUGGUAGCGACCGCGGCGGACGCCGUAACUUCGAAUCGGACGGGAAAGUCCGAGACUUCGGCAAUUGGGAACGGAAGGGCCCUCUUUCUCCGGUGGGUGGUCCGGUCAGGGAAGGUGGACGUUCACGCAACAAUGAGGGCUCUGGAUUCAGGAGGAACUCCCCUGCUUGGGGCGAGGGACGCUCGCAGGAUGGCUCACGCCCUCCGCGCCGGGAGUUCCACGAGCGGGCUCCUACCGCAGCCGAGCUGGACACUGAGUGGAGAGCAAGGAUGCGCCCUGACCAGCCGGCUGCUAAGGAACAACCUAGCACCCCUACUUCACCUGUCGCUGCUCCCGCUGCCCCCGCUGCCCCUGCUCCAGCUACUCGACCGAAAUUGAACCUACAGAAGCGGACCGUAACCGAAUCCCCAGCAGCGCCUAUCGCCGGUGAGUCGAAGGCAAGUCCUUUUGGCGGCGCACGGCCCAUAGAUACUGCUGCUAGGGAAAGGGAGAUUGAGGAGAAGCGCCAAUUAGCUAUUCGUCAAAAGAAGGAAGUGGAGGAGAAGGCAAAAGCCGAGAAGGCUGAGAAGCAGCGACUUGCCAAAGAGCAGGCCAGGGCUGAGAGAGCUACGACUGCAGACCCCAAUGGAAGGGAUGUUAGUGAGACACCCCAAGGAGGGAAGAACUUUGAUAUUCUCCGGCAGGCCGGUGACGACGAGAACGAAGAAACUGCCGACAAUGAGGCGGAAGCUGCCCCGGAGAAAGCCCAGGAGUCGAAGCAGGCAGCCGACGUUCCCGCCAGCAAGGCGAACGGCAGCUGGAGGAAGGCCCCAGUUCAGGCCGCAGAGGCAGCUGAUGAGGAGGGCUGGAGCACGGUGGGCUCGAAACAGCGCAACAACCGCCGCGGCCGUGCAGUCGCCUAG